AUGACGCGCCGCAGAAGAAGCUGGACAGCAAAGGAGGAUGAGCUCCUCCGCACCCUGGUUCAGAAAGACCUUGACACUUUUGGCCGGGUGAUGUGGUCUGAGCUGGCUCAGAAGGUACGCGGUCGCACGAAUAAGGAUUGUCGCAGACGAUGGUGGAACACACUGGCUGAAUGGAACAUCAAAGGGGUCUGGUCUCCGGAUGAGAACAAACGACUGGUCGAGGCAGUAAGGAUGUAUGGAAGCAAGUGGACUCAGGUUGCAGCAGUCGUGGGAACUCGAUGCGGAGAUCAAUGCUCGAGUCACUGGCGUGAGGUACUGCGACCCAAUGUCAACUACUGCAGCUGGACAGAAGAGGAGAUAGGCCGACUUUCCUUCCAGGCGUGUCAUCCCCGGACGAUAGUUGAUUCGAGAACGGCGCAGGACGAAGAGCUUUUGCAAGCAAUUCAAAUAUGUGGGACCAACUGGUCAACCAUUGCGGCCUUCCACCUCCCUCACCGAACGGGACUGGGCUUGAAGAAUCGGUAUGCGAGGAUACGUGCAAAGGCACGUGCAAACACU